GAGGGGAGAAGAGGAAAACUUCUGUAAAAAAUGGCGGAGGGUACAACGUCUCUGAAAGAGAUGCGAGCCCAAAUGGCUGCGGCCGCACAGGCCCAGGCCGAGGAGCGUCGCAGUUUAGCAGGAAACAGCCCAGCGCCAGCCGCCACGGCCAACGUAGCAACAGCAGCAGCGGUCAAGAGCCCUACACCAGCACGACCAGUCCUUGAUGGGGCUGCUCUAAGAGUAGACGAGAAACUCAGAGUGGCAAAGGAACGACGGGAGGAGCAAGAUAAACAACAGGCGGUGCGCGAGUCCCAGAUUCUCGAGCGGGAGCGUAAGGCCAAGCAGCAGGUGGAGCGGCAGAUGGAGGAGAGGCAGAAGAAGCUGGAGGAGCAGCGGCGCAAAGAGGAGCAGAGGAGAGCCGCCGUGGAGGAGAAGAGGAAGGCCAAGCAGGAGGAGGAGAAGGAGCGCUAUGAGGCGGUGAUGCGGCGCACUAUGGAGCGCAGUCAGAGGGCGGAGCAGAGGCAGAAGCGCUGGUCAUGGGGAGGCCUGUCAGACUCCACAGGAGGAGGUGACAGCGAUGCAGGUUCCGCCUCGUCCCCGGUAGCCAUAGUAAUCUCCCCCGCCUCUCCAGCCAAGCCGCGGAAGAUACCCCCAGUGGACAAGCGCUCCACCUCCACCAUGAACCUGAAACAGUUGGGCGAUGGUGUCAUCAAUAAGCGCCUGUCCUCCUCCUCCGCUGCCCUUGCCCGCUCCCCUGACAAAAGUAAGCGGAGGAGUUCAUCUUUGAACCGGUUGCCUAGCAACCCCCAGCAGCCCGCUAAGGAAGCCCAUAAUAAGCAGCCUCAGGUGGAUCAGACAGGCCAGAAAGCCUCGACCACCCGCCGCAGCUCCUCCCUGUCCAGGGCGGCAGCGCGAGCCACCACCCCCACCCGCGCAGAGAAGGCUACGGCCGCCACCUCAAACCCCGGCGACGAACCAGCCCGCCGCGGCCUGACCAGCCCCGUGGACAGUGCAGUGCUCAGCCGCCUGCUCACCCCCACGCAGUCCUCAAUUGCUAGGAGCAGGAGCGCCGGCGCCCUCUCCGCAGACGGGGAAAACGCACCAGAGACUCACGUGCUGUGUCCCCGCUCAGCCUCCACCACGCCCCCAGUGGGCCGCAGCCCACCGGUACGCAGCCGUAGCAACGACCGCCGCAACGGCAUGCCCACCUCUUCAUCCGCCCAUGCCGCCCUGGACUCCGGCACGCAGAAGUCUGAGAAGCGCUUCACAUCUCCAGGAGGGACCCGUCCCGCCUCCCCCUCGACCCUCGCCAGCCGCCACCGUUCCCCCUCCCCCGCACCCCUCAACAGCACCACCAACAAGAGAGCCCCCUCUCCAGGCAUCAAGAGUCCCCGCAACCGCCCGCCGUCCCCCUCGGGCGUGAACCGUAACCGCCCCCCAUCCCCGGUCUCCUCCUCCUCCCCGUCCCCCCAGCCCCAGACCACCUCCAAGCCGCCGCCCAUCCAGAAGCCGGCGCUGACCCCCACGGGGCCCCCCACCCUGCGCAAGAGCACCUCCAAGCCCAAGGACAUGUCCCCCAUGCAGCCCAUGAUGCCCCUGCCCUCCCCCGACCCCUCCGGCGGACAGACCUCCAAGACUUCCAAAGACGACAAAGGCGCGAGUGGAACCAAUUCCGCUGCCGAGGCCGCCAAGAUCCUGGCGGAGAACCGGCGACUGGCCCGCGAGCAGAAGGAGAGAGAGGAGCAGCUACGCCUGCAGAGGGAGGAGGAGGAGAGACUGAGGAAGGAGGAGGAGGCGCGUCAGGCAGAGGAGGCUCGACUGCGGCGCCUGGAGGAGGAGAAGAGGCUGGCGGAGGAGAGGAAGAUCCGCGAGGAGGAGGAGGCGAAGAUGGCCGAGGAGGAGAAGGAGAGACUCAAGCUGGAGGAGGAGCAGAGGCAGGCUGAACAACAGAAAGAGCGUGAGGAGGCAGAGGCUCGAGCCCUGGUGGAAGCGGAGAAGGUGCGUCUGGAGCGAGAACGCAGCCUGAAGCAGAGCCAACAGGAACGCAUGGAGAGGAAGAAGAGAAUUGAGGAGAUUAUGAAGAGAACAAGAAAAACAGACCAAAAUGAUGAUAAGAGAGAUGAUGAGAAGGGUGCAGGGGAGAUGAAUGGAGACAGUGACGACGCAAGCUGUGAAGCCAGAGAGGAGAGUCCUAACCCACCAGAAGACAUGGGCGAGGGCGAGGGCGAGGGCGAGGGCGAGGAGUCCAGCCAAUCGGAAGCCCAGGAGGAGGAGAAGGUGGAGGCUCUCGUCCAAUCAGAGCCAGUGGCGGUGGCCGAGCGGGAGGAGCCUCUAGGCAGCUGUGUGAACGUGAAUGUGAACGGGCAGCUGGAGGUGGAGAACAAGGAGAACAGCAAUGGCUGCUGCACCCAGGAGAACCCUGAUGACAGCCGCCUGGUGGAGGGCUCUGAGUUUGUGAACGAGGACGAGGGCUCCAAGCUGGCCCCCGGCGUGAACGUCAACGGCAAGUCAUCGGGCGGCCCCUGGUGCUUCGAGGAGCUGAUCGACCUGAACGUGAACGUCAGCAUGCACCCCAAGAGCCGGCCGCCGCUGCUGGAGGCCGGGGACCGCGAGCACCAGGGCCUGAUGGAGCACGAGGACGUUGGGGUGCCCCCGGAGGGGCCGCGCGUGGCCUUCGAGGACAAGGCCCUGCACCCCAUAGAGGCCCUGUCAGAGAUCUGAGGAUCGAGGACCCCUGUGACGUAAUACAAACAUAUUUGUUAAAUAUUUUUUUUGCACUCUAUGAGUUGUUGUCCAGUGGAGCUUGAGAGCAGAGGACCUACCUAACCCCACCCCAACCCCACCCUACACCUCCUACCAAUGGGAAACUGUGAUUCGAAACCCCCCCACUAGCCUCUGACCUAUAAGGAAGCAGCAUUUAUGAAGGCCCCUCUUCCCUCCACCCAAUGGGAAGUAAUGUUACAACACCCACUCCUCCCCCUCGCUUGCCUCUAACCAAUGGGCCCUCAACUGCUCACCUCAGUGACAUGACGAGACUGAUGGCACAAACAACAAACAAAAGAAGAAAAAAAGAAAAGUAAAGCUUCAGGGAAUAUGUGAAUAUUCUUCUUCAGUGUGUGUGUGUCUGUUCGCUCAAGCUCUCAGCCUCCUUCCUUACCCAUAGAUAUUUUAGUCCUGUGAGAUUGUUGUUUUGUUGUUUUUAUAUAUUGUUAUUGUUGUUGUUCCUAUGGUUAAUUAAUUAAUUAAUUGAUAUCGUGUUCUUGUUAUUAUUAUUUGUUGUUAUUCUUUCUUUUUUUGUAAUUGAGGGGGCUGUGAUGCAAUGUUAUAAUUUAUUCUUUUUUUUUGGACCGCCACCUUGGUUGGUGUGUGUUUUUGUUUUGUUAUUUUGUUACCUUUUUUCCUCUUCUUUCCUCCCAACAAUAUUCCAGGCACUCACACGUCGAUAGAGAUGAUGUGCGUGUUCAUACGUGUGGCCGUUAUGAGGAUAUAUUAGACACUGCUGUGAAAAAAAAAUCUCUAUGGCGACCAAAGAGAGACAGCCCAUGAUGGUUGGGCAUUAUGGUAUGGCAUUCCAUAAUGGUUAACUUCCACACUUCCUGUGCUGUGUGUGUGUGCGUGUGUGUGUUUGUUUGAAUAGAACUGUUGGCCCACAUCUUAACCUGUGAUGCUGCUGCUUUCCCUGUACUUUUAUGCCCACACGCCUGCGCGCGCACACACACACACACACACACACACACACACACACACACACAGACACAGACAUACACACAGAUGGAUGCAUUUCUAUAAACCCACCCUAAAGAAAUCUGAAAGAUUAUUGGCAGCUCGCAACACGCAAGUGCGCACACACACACACACACACACACACACACACACACACACACACACACACACACACACACACGCUCACACUCUCACACACGUGCACACGCACACACCCAACCCGCCUUCCUCAUCUGCCCUGUUCAGAUUGGGGCCACGGCAGCUUGUAGCACCGCACGCACGCACGCACGCACACACACACACACACACACACACACACUAGCACGCACACAUGCGUGAGCACACACACGCGGCGCCUUGCCCCUGCACCAUCAUCAUGGCUUCUCAGCAGCUGUGUGUUUUUCCAGUAAUCAUUAGCCCUGACUGGCGCUAGCUGCUACGGUGUGCGGCUGCUGUCAAGCCCUCUCCUCCCUUUUGUUUUGAAGGAGGGUGGGGCGCCUUACACACAUGCACCGGUCAGCACAUUACUCCCCAAACGAAAGCCCCGGUUUGGGUUUCUGAAGUAGCAGACUUCUCUCUGGUGUUCAGCCCAGAUCUGCUGUAUAGUACAUCACACAUCUUGAUUGACAUGUUGUUGCUCUCCAAUUUCACUGAGGAAAGAACUGAAGUUUAAAAGGAGUUGACGAUGACAAACCUGAUUGUUUUUUUGUUUGUUUUUGUUUUAUUUUGUCAACCUGAUAAUUAAUGUGUUCUACCUUCCCACUAGAGGGUGAAUGCUAUUUAGAUUUGGUUCUUCUUCGGUUCUGUUUUGGGCUCGUUCUUUACUCUACAGACAUCUGUUUUGUUAGAUUAUUUGGUAGAUAACUCUCGCUUAUUUUAUUUUUAUUUAACACCAUCCUAAAUCAAAGGGCUGGUGGUUCAACUCUAACAGUCCUGUUAACGUCUCUGCUUUCCUAGAGGAUUCACUAUACAUCUGUAUCCUACACAUUUAGACAGAGGAGUGUGUGUGUGCGUAAGCGUGCCUGUGUGCACUUGUGUUCAUGGGUGCAUCUUUGGUUAACCCUGGGGCUUGCCAUCAAGAGUAAUGCACCCAGCCCUCACAACUUGACUUUCUUGUUACCCCUCCCCAUCUCUUUCAUGAAGUUGUGAUUUCCAUAGAAGUUCCCUGAGUUUCCCAGAGUUAUCGUUUCUCCUCUGGCUACUCCCGUUCUAUUAGGUGUUCUAGAACACUCUAUACUCUCACAUGUCAGUUCCUUUGUUUGUGUUUUUUCCCUUCCUUUCCUUCCCUUUCCCUCCUCUCUCACUCCAUCCAUGCUCUUGUUAACAUGUGCUUCUUUUAUCUGCGACCAAAAGCUGUCUGCAGUUCCCUAAAAAUGAAUCUCUAAAAAAAAUUGUGGGUUUUUUGUUUUAUAAAUAUCUAAAAAUAUAUAUAUUUAAAAAAUAUAUAUUUCUACAUAUUUAAGUGUUAUAAUGUAUAUAAUCAGUAUUAGGCCGGAAAGCCAUGUCUCAGUGACGGUGGGGAAGGAGACUUCAGGGUUUAAAAAAGGUAGCGUGCCGUGUAAAAGGUGAUGCAUGUCUGUUACUGUAUGAAUACACACACACACACACACACACACAUACAUGCACACAACACACACACACACGCACACAACACACACACACACACACACACUCACACAUUGGUGAGGACCACAAGCAGACACACCAGGCCUGUACCCAGGGCCACAAGUGCUGUUGUUGCCUUGCAACACUCAAGAAGAUUUACAAGGUUUCCAGAUUUUACCCACAACCAGACAUGGGGGAAUUCUGCUACCGUUUGAUUGACUUUGGAAGUGCGUGUGUGCGCGUGCGUGCGUCAUUAGCUUGUGAAGGUGUUUUGUGAUGAGCUUGGCCUGUGUGUGUUGUGUGAGGGGGAUUACGGAAGUUGACAGAAGAGGCUAUGUGAAGUUUACAGGUUGAGGUUUACUGGCGCUCAGGAGCUCAGCAAAGGCUUGAACACUUUGUUUACCCUCACGAGUGCUCAUAAGGGUUUUACACUCUGAGUGAUCUAACGGAAGGGGUGGUCCAUUCAUGACCAGAAAGUGAAGGUUGUGAAUGUCUGGCUGUUUUGAAAGUGGAGGUUGAGUUGUGUGUUGGCAUGUGUUUGGUGGCUUUCCUAGAUCGGCAUGCAGCUUACAACAUGCCUGUCUGUCAGUCAUUCAGGCAGGCAACCCAUCGACAAGGGCUUAGACGGUAACAGAGUUUUGGGGACCUGUGUUCAUAUGUGUGUUUGUUUAUUCUCCAUCUGUUACAUUUCCAGACUAUCCCUACUUGUAAAUAUUAAAAAUGCUCAAAAAACAUGAGCACAUCAAAAGGUCUAGCAGCUUUCUAUUGUGUGUUUGUUAUUAAUGAUUACUAAAAAAUUCCAACUAUUUAUAAACAGGAUGUGUGUCUGUGACCUUUUCCUGGGUCGUUAUCAGUUAACACUCUCUUCUUGCGAUGUACGUAUGACCAUACUGUAUAGACUGCCGCAAAUAUCUGUUUAGAUUUGUCCUUUUGUUGUGCAUUUUUAACUGAUGAGAUGAAACACUUUGACGAGGCCUAGAUACUGUUCUCCCCCAUCCCCUUGCGUUGUGGAUGAGUUUCUGGUAUACAGUGGCACAAAGGCUUUGUGUUGAUAUGGAGGACUUACGGUUCCCUUCUGCGUUUGCUUUUAAGAUGGGGCUAGUGUGCUUACCAGGGGAGAAGGUGAGGAAUUUCAUUGAUGUAGCUGCUGGCUUCUAUUGCGCUUUCUCUUUCUCUCACGCUCUCUGUCUCUCCCUCUCUCUUUCUUUGUGCCUCUGUCUUGCUCUCACUCUGUCCUCUUUCUCUCUGUGCCUCUGUCUCUCUCCCCAUCAUCUCUCUCUCUCUCUCUCUCUCUCUCUCUCUCUCUCUCUCUCUCUCUCUCUCUCUCUCUCUCUCUCUCUCUCUCACAGUGUUCAGAUAAGAGUCCUUCAGAAGAGAAAAUAACAGAACACGUCAGCCACCCUUAGUGCCCCAGUCAUGCAGUGGGCUUCCUAGUCUGAGACUGACGUCAAGCGUGUCUGUGUGUGGCUGAAGAUGACGUGAUGGUGGUUUGUUGAUGUUGUGGACAAAUAAAAACACUUGUGCUCCCUUUCCCUCUGCUAUGAACUUGAAUUUAAAAGCUAAACUGUUCUCUGUCUCCCCCUAGCUUGUUCCAGCGGUAGGAUAGAACAGUGCCUUAGAUGAGAUGAGAAGAGUUAGGACCGACUUUUAUUUUCGUAUAAUUUCUAUAAAUUAACACAAAAUAUGACAUGUGCUUACCUCGGCCGCGACAAUCAUUCUACCUGACUAUGGGCCAUGAGGGGGGAUUUAGCUUCUGAAGAGCUUAUUCAGGUCUAAAGACAAGCCCCAUCCGUAAAGUUAUAUGUGUAAAUAUAUCUAACUACUGUGUACUGGAUAAAAAACUGUUAAAAUAAAGUUUUGCAAGAUAAAACAGAA